AUGAUGCCGGCUGACUCCGCCCAACCCAGCCACGCGACGUUGCCAGGCGCGGUUGCUAAGGGCGGAGAGAAGGCUGAGCCCCGGCGGAGAAAAAGGGAGACGGCUCGUUUCAAAGCAGCCGGGUAUUUCCAUGUUUACUCAGACAAAGGGUCGUAUCCUUAAAGCCCAGUCUUGCACGUGUGAACGACCACUGUGUUCAAAUGGGAUUUAUUUCUAGGUCAAUGUGCAUAGAAUUCCGACCUUAAUUAGGGAGGACUUGCAUUUGUUUACUGACAGGUAUGCCCCAUUGGGCUCAGUGGGGCUUUACUCCCAGGUAAAGGUAUAUGGGAUCGCCACCCUCCCUGGUGGUAAUGAGUUUUCUGGAGUACAACAGGCAUGUGUCCUGUACAAAAGACAUAGAAUUAAGAAAAUUCUGAGACCAGGACUUUGUUUCUAGUAGCAGAACUGAGUGACACUCCCAGCUCAUUCCACACAAAAAAAUCCCCAAGCUUUCUUCAUUUCUGCAGUAGAAUUUAGUGUGUGCAUAUCAUUUGUUGUUGCAAUUGUUAAAUGAUUGGUAAUCAGAAUCCUCAUCAAUCUGCAAAUCACCCACAGAACUGCCAGUAAACCAUAGCUGUCAACAUUUCUCUUUUUUUAAGGGAAAUUCCCUUAUUCCAAAUAGGAUUCCUCGCAAGAAAAGGAAAAAGUUGACAGCUAUGCAGUAGACCCAGACCUAUCCUUAGCUCCACACACACACACACACACCCCCCAAUCUGGAAGUUACUCAGUAGUAUGGUAGUAUGUUGGGGAUAUUUAUUAAUUAUUUUAUUUCAGAUAUUUAUGUACUGUUUUUCAGGUAGACCUCACAUAGCAGUUCCCAAAAGAACAUUACAACAGUCGGCUUUUUUUAAAAAAAAACGGUUAUAGUAAAAGAAAAAGAUAACUUAGUUCUGAGUAAACAAGUACAGAAUUAUGCUGUUUAAACCCCUGGUUCACCAAGUUGAACUACUUAACAUUAAAAAAAACCCAACCCAAACUUUUACAUAAAGAGAAGUUACUGUACUCCAUAAAUCUUUAUUUUCCAAGUAUUCAGAAGAAUAACAACAUACUUACAUAGCUAUGUACAAGCAACAGUCCAUUUCAAAUUGAUGAGAGGCUAUCCAAACAUUUUAGAAAGACGGAACAUGUUAAAAGAUGUUUUGUUUUGGUUGAAACUUAAUCUGAAAGGUUUUUUCCCCCCAAUUACGAAAGAGCAACACAUUAAUCAGCAUUUCAUCGACCACACAUUUAUUUCAUAAAAUUUAUACACCAGUUGAUUGUAUAAAAAAAACCUCAAAGUGGUUUACAAAAAGGAGAUAUGAAGCACAUGCUGAUCAAGCUACAAAAACCAAAGGAGAGAAAAAUCUGGAAGCUAAUGCUAGUAAGAUGCAAUGAGCCUCUGUUCUUCCUCGCCACCUUAGCUGGUUUUGAGCAAUGCUUUUGUUAUUCCAGGAGGCUCAAUUUCCUGCAUUAAUAAUAAACUUUUAUAAGACAAACUAUGUGGAACACAUUCAGUAGUACUGGGUAGCAGUACACUAAUAGAAGUAGUCCUCUUGCUGCUGCUAUAACUGUUUUCAUUAAAUUUUUAAAUGCGCUACAUGCUCUGUGCACUAUGCUAACGUAAAAAAAUCUACUUAGAGCACAGUUAACAUGCUAUUUCCUCAAGACUGCAAAAUGGGUGGAAGAUUUUCUUUUCCUGUUCACUGUCAUUAAUUAUAUACUGAGUGAAAAACACUUAGGGGUUUUUUCAGUCUGCUCUCUCAGGCCUUGUAGUAUUUCCUUGUGCGUCUGCUAGCUUUUUUCCUUUCAUACAUUGCCACUGAUUUUCAUGUAACAUAUUCUCUUUAGAGUUACCAGAGACUAAAUUCAUUCAAAGUAUAACACUGUACACUGCAAAGUAAUAUUAGAAAGGUGUGUGUUUGAUGAAGCAACUGGCAGUAUCAGAUUCCAUGGACCAACAGUAGCACCUAGUGGCGGAACAGACUUAAAUUCAUUUCCUUUUUCUCUGUUCGCCUUUAACCUGAUAUGACUGGCAGUUUUUCUCUGUAUCCUCUGGGGAUUAGCAGCUUGUCCAGCCCCCUGCCCUGUUCUGUUUUCUGCUAAAAUGGAAGCUGAAAUCUGAAACUGCACUUUCCCCUUGGUUAUACACCACCAUUGCAUUCUCUAGUGUGGUUGUGUGCAGGAUGCAGAAUCUGUUGCCUGCCCAGCCUAGUCUGGGUGGCCUGCACAUGCCCCAGACUGUUGCAUCUAAACUCUCCCAGUACAUAUACUUUCUCUCUUUUUAUUUUAAAAGGAGUGAGUCGGCUGCCUGGUGACGGGCGGUGCAUUUGACAUCCUGAUACAGCUCCCCUGCGGGAACUUGAUACGUCCUGAGAAAUAACAGUUUUGUAAAGUUCAGCUCCAGUCGUCAUUUGCUUCUGGGGCAGCUCGUUCAUCUACCAGGCUCCCUUGACACUCUCACAUUUGUGAUUUUGGGGAGUGGGGGAGGUCGGGACAGGGGAUAACAGAGAUGGUGGGACAGGAGGACCUCCUAUUGCAGCUCAUCUUUCAGUUGCUGCAAAAGGAAAAAGUCGUCCUCACCAGCAUCUAUCAUCAUUAAGGUUGUCAUAGGUAGCUCUGGUUAAAACCCUUCCUUGUCCAGCUGCACCCAUCCCCAAGUGCUUUCCAGGCAGCUGUUAGACUUUUAAAAAAAGCAAUUUGGCACCCAUGGAAGCUUUUUCUUUUUUCUUUCUUUCUUUAUAGCAUUUGCACUCCAGUCUUCUGCCAAAAAGGCUCCCCAGAGUGGCUUACAUACACUCAGUUGAAAGAAGACAGCACCCAUCAACCUCUUGGGGGCCCUUAGCCAAUCAUGGCUGAAUGGGAAACAUUUGAUAGGGAAGGAGAGAGGUUGAGAAAGGUUAAUUUUGACAGCUGAACUGCCUGGCUAGGGAAGUAACUAGAGAGCGCUUUCACCUGUGACAAACAGCUUCCAUGACUUUUUGCAUUGUUUUGCAACACACACACACACACACACACACACACACCUGCAAAAGUGGCCUGACCAGAAAGGGCAGGGAAAUAUCCUCAUGAAAACCAUUGCUUGCUUCCAGCCCCAGACCUCUGUUAGGGCUCCCUUAGACCACAGGCGAAGAGCCACAGGGACAGCAGCAAAUAAAGGAACUACAGCUAAAUCAGCCUGGGCUCUAUAAGCCAAGUCAGAAUUUUAUGCUCUUGACCGAUUGCCAGGAUUAUAGGCACUGAAGGAUGCAAAGCAGCAAGAAGCGGGGGAAAGAAGGAAAAUAUUGGUGAGUCGGGUUUUUUAUCAUCCUCUGGUCCAUACACAAGGGGAGGACUGAAGCUUCAUAGUAAAGCACUUGACUUGCUUGCAGAAGGUUCCAGGUUCAGUCCCCAACGGUAUCUCCAGUUAAAAGACCCAAGUUCCAGGAGAGCAGAAAGACGACUGCUGUCUCUGCCCCAGGCGCUGGGUAUUGUCAGUCGGAACAGACAAUAUGGGGCUGGAUGGACAAAUUGUAUGGUGUGAUGUGUGGCAGCUUCCCGUGUUUUUAAGAGUGUCCAUAUGUCCACACACACCCCGGGGCUACACUGCAAGUGCAGCCACCUGCUACGAUGUGUGUGCUGCGAAGGCAAAAGCAUCAAUGCAGGAUGCUAUACCACCACGGCUCACAAAGAUAAUGGAAAUCCCUUACGGACUUAAAAUUGAAAAUCCACGACACAAAAGGAAAAGGGAAAAGGCAGUGGCGUAGCGUGGGGGGUGCAGGGGGGGCCGGCCGCACCGGGCGCAACAUCUGGGGGGGGGGCGCUCGCACUCGCAGCUCUCUGCCCCUACCUGGCUCACUCACUCUCUCUCACUGCAGUGCUGGCUGUGCGAAUCCGAGCCCCUGGGUCGCCGCCCACUGUGGAGGGGGUGGGUGCCAGGCGUGCGGUGCGGAGAGAGAGCGAGGGACUAUCUGGGGGAGGGACAGUGCAGCGGCCGCCCAGCGCAGCGCUGAGCGCGGGAGAGAACCACACCAGACCAGACCAGGCAGCAGCAAGAAGAAGCUGGCAGCGGCGGCAGGUUAGGGGUUAGGGGGCGCAAAUUACUUGCCUUGCCCCGGGUUAGGGGGCGCAAAUUACUUGCCUUGCCCCGGGUUAGGGGGCGCAAAUUACUUGCCUUGCCCCGGGUGCUGACAACCCACGCUACGCCGCUGGGAAAAGGAGGGCAGAGGGAAAUGGCAAAUUCAGGCACAAUAUCUCUCUUGCAAGAGGAUACCUCUCCACCCACCCUGAGCUGAUAGACCUGCUGCCCCCCCCCCCCCCCGUUUUCUUAACAUGUGAACACUUAAAGACCAUACCCUCCAACAUCUUGAGUAUCAAAAUUGGCAAGUCAUGUGACCUGUGUGAGAUCACAGAGCCUGAAAUACAUUUUUUUUCCAGGGCCAUAUUUUGGGGCGCCACCUGAGGUUGUGGUCCCCAAAAAUGUGCUAUUUUCCAUAGUAAAAGUGCUUUUUUCUGCAUAAGAACUCAGUGUGAAAUCAUGCAAGAUCACGGCACCCCCAAAUGGUUGCCAUGCUCUUGCACAAGAAAAUGGAAUGCCCCAUUUUCCCCCAGGACGCUUGCAGGGUAUGGAAGAUUGA